GGAAGAGAGGGAGGGACCGACCAAAAGCAAAAAGAAAGAGGAGGAGAAAACUAACAGAAACCAAAGAUGACUGUGUGAAACAAAAUGGAUCCAACUAAGGCCAGCCUUUCCUCCAAAGCACCACAUGUAAACAACAGAGGAGGAAAUGAAUCACCAAUGGACGACACAGUGGUGCCUUGGAGGGACAGUGUGGACGGAGAGAGGCAGAGGGACUCUGAGAGCAGAGAGAUGGACGGUGUAGAUGGGACAACAGCGGCUGCAGAUACAAACCUGCACCACAGGGGGUCAGCAGACAAACACAAGUUCAACACUUUGGGCUAUCAGAGGCGAACCAAGCAGAAGGUCGUGACUGACUUUGCAUCAGUGAGCAAGGGAACAUCUGCAGGAGCCAAACCCAGAGCUGCACUGAGACAGGUCCUGUUUAGUCAGGGAGUGUCUGACAAGAACCUGGCGUCUGAGGAGCGGGGUCAGCUGGAUAUGUUGAAACAGGCCCUGGAGGUUUUCACUGUGGCAGCCAAUCUAAAAUGGAAAUGGGACGAAGAAAAUCAAGGAACCACGCUGGAGAAAAACUGGACAGAUCUGGUCAACUCCCAUUCUAUGAUGUCUAAGGUGCAGAGACACCAACAGGAGGCACUGUGGGAGUUUGUCCAUACUGAGCUCACCUACAUUAACAAGUUAAUAAUCAUCCGAGACCUGGUGAUUGCAGCUCUUCUAUACCUGCACCAACACAGAUUCCUCCUGGAGGUGACCCCUGAGUUGCUCUUCUCAAACCUCCCCUCCAUCAUCAGUGCACAUCAGUUGUUCUGGCAGGAGGUGAUUUAUCCAAUGUUACAGGAAGUCCGAAACACAGGCAAGCCCUUUGACCCCAUGAGGUUAGAGGCUGGUUGUCUGCAGUUCCACGAGCGCUUCGCUUCCUAUCACCAUUACUGUUGGGAAGAGGAGAACAAUCUUGAAUUCACACGCAGGCAAAUGGAGAGCAACCCGCAUUUCCUCACUUUUGUUCAGUGGGUUGAGUCUCACCCUCUGUGUGAGCGGAUGCGGGUUGGAGACAUGCAGGCCAAACCCCAUCAGAGGAUCACUAAGUACCCCCUUCUGCUCAAGGCCAUGCUCAAAACCACCACAGACUCUGAUGUACAGCAGGCACUCCGAGCCAUGUUAUCCAGCGUCAUCAGUUUUUUGGAAAGUAUCAAUGACUACCUGAGGUUCAAAGAUGAGGAGCUGGCUCUGUCCAUCUCUGCUCAGAGAGUGGAGGGAUAUGAAGUGGAAGGAAUUAAUGAAGAAAUCGACAGGCAUGUAAGAGAGGUCUGUCAGUUCAACCUCACCUGCCCUAUCAGGGGGGUGGGGCCCGGAGUCGUACGUAAGCUUCUGCUGGAGGAAAACUUGAAGAUUCGUGGAAGAAAAGACAGUAAGCUGGAGGUAGUGGCUCUACUGUUCUCAGAUGUGCUUCUAAUGACUAAAGUCCAGAAGAAAGGAGAGAGACUGAAGGUGAUCCGUCCUCCUCUGGCUCUGGACAGAACAUACUGCAUAACACUCAAAGAUGGCUGUUCUUUUGUUCUUGUGGAGGUUGGAGAACUUGCUAGUGCUAUGAACGUCUACAUAUUUGUAGCCAGCACCUCAAACAGAUGCUCCACGUGGGUCUCCACCAUCCGCCAAACACAGAAUACACUGAGGAACCUGAGAGAGGCAGAGAAAAACAGACAAAUGGAAAAGUGGAAAAUCGAGCAACUGGAGGACAAACCAGUGACAGAACUGAAGACAGAUGUAGAAGACACAACACAGCAGCCUCUCACACAACAAGAAGAAACCUUUGUGGAUAAACUCAGUGAUGAACUCAUUAUUCCCCAGUCAGUGAAUGGGAUGUUGUCAUCUAGAGAAGCAGGAGAGCAGAUUCAGCCUUUAGGUGAUGACACACCUAAUGAUAUUGAUUUAUCUUUUUGGCCAUCCCGGCCUAGUGUUAGUCAACACAAACCAGGACGUAAGGCCUUUCCUGUUCGGCAAAAAGUGCCCAUUUCAUAUGAAUGGAUAGAAAUGGAAAGAGUUAGAGGAGGCCAAGUGGGCACUCAGAAGGAGGUAGAGGAGAAAAUGGUUCAGUCAAGGUCCAUGAAAGGACAACCAGCUACCUGGAACCAUAUGGUGCAGUCGGCCCCGAACCUGAAUGAGCAUUUCAGUUCUAGUAAUACAGAAGAUGCAUCGAAACAAAGCACAAGAUCACAUACUCUGUUUCUAGAUGGAUAUCCAGAUAUUGAUUAUCCAACAAAUGAUAGGACUUUACUCAAUCCAUACCAACCAACAAUUUCCAGGGAGGUGUCUGAGCUUCAAAGAGAAGUAGGAAAGGAAGUGAUCUCCAGAAGAUGGAGCUCAGAUGUUCAUUCUAUGGACCAGGACACCAGAAGACACUCUACCUACAGUCAACCAGGAGACAUGGAGAUGGCACAUGAGGCUUGGGGAUUCUCUAAAAAUAUAAAAUCACCUGGUUUGCGGAGGAGGAGGCCAGUCAGCACGCAUCAGGGUCCUCCUCAAGCAUCUAAACAACUUUUUCAGAGCCCAGGACACAGUCGGUCCGCUUCAAAUAAUUCUUCCUCCAACUCUGACUCUGACUGUAACCUACCCACCAACAGGAACUCUGUUUCCUCUGGGCAGAGCUCAGAUUCACUCCGGGUACUCAAACUGGGAUCUUUGAGGCCAAACCAAGGCAUGUUUUGGACCAUGAAUGAUGACAGAGUCUCACCUGACCCUCACACACUUUCUGAACCUGAACAAUCAAAUGUGAAUUUCUACAAUAAAAGACCGAAAGUGAAAACACAGAGGAGUGCAUCCAUUCCUAACAUCAUCAUUCCAGAGAGGCAGGGUCUGUAUACACCCUCUGUUAGUUUGUCCACAUUGCCUCGAGCAAACAAUAAACCUUUUCCAGUCACAGGUCGUAAUCCCAACGGACACUCCCUACCUCUGGAGGGUCUUUUGGAAAGAGCCAAAGAGAGAGUGAAGGACCAAGAUGGACUGAGAAGAGACGGGAACAUCAAAAACAACAGUCUGAGGUCAAGGUAUCCUCCACCUUCUCCCUUGUUCUCUACCACACCUUCUCCAUCACCCAGCGAUGGAGACAGAGACACCGAGUGGGAGGAGGUGGAGGUGAUGCGACACAGAGCUCUUACUGUGAGUAAAGGAUGGAAGGAGCAGCUGGUGGACGGAGACGACGACGACAAGAGGAGCAGUGUCAUCUUUUCCGAUGGUGUGAAUGUGGACUGGUCAGGCUGGUGCUUCGAUGACGAGGAAGUCAUGGACCAUUUACAUCCUGGAGACGAAGUUCUUGUAGAUGGUGUCAACCAAUGCAUGGCCUUUUGGGAACUGCAUGAACUUUCAGAGCAGGAAGAUGGAGAGUGUAGUCAGGUGUAGCUGUGAAACUGAGGGAACCUGACUUGAAUACACUAGUCAACAUUUGCUAGGGAUCAGGACUAUAACUUUGCUAUAUUCGGGGGUGUAAUUCUGGAAACUUGACAGUUUAUUUUCCCAGUGGAGUACAGCCUGCGGAUGCGGAUGGUGGCCAU